GAAUGAGCGUUUGACAGCUGGCUCCCUGCUCGUUACAGAUUGUUUCGAAACAAAAGAACACCUAUGCUUAAUUUAUUUGUGAAAGAUUUCGGAUAGUCACACACAGUACCUCCGCUUUUAUGGCCGCUGCCGUGAGGAAUAAUGUUUGGGUUGCUCCGGGGCAGGACGCGCAGUUUCUCCAUAAACCCGCCGCGCCGCUGACAGCCGACGGGCUGAGAGGUGAAGAUUACGGACAAGUGCUCUGCAACACGAGGGAUGCCAUCCCGGGAACUUCCUCUUUCCAUGAUUAUAAUUUGGGUAAAUCAGAGAUGGACAGCUACCUGUCUCCGCACCAACAGGACAUAGUGAACUCCAAAAUGCUGUGCAGGGACAGCGCUCUGAUGCUUGAGCCGCCUUUCAGCGAGGACUUUGCCCCUCCGUACAGCGUCAACAUGAGCCUGCUCCUUCCUGACGUCACGUACCUGCACCCUGGUCUCUGCAGGACUGUGAGACAGAUCAAAACAGAGCCGUCACACUCUCUGAUGCACCCCACCUGUCAGGGCAACAGUGGAGUGCCACCAACACUCCCAGAAUACCCAGGUGUUUUCAGUGCGCCCGACGCAGCCAGCGGUAAAUUCUUCAUUAAACAAGAAGUGCCAGAUUUCCAGGAUGUCCCGCUGUUUCAGCUUUUGAACUCUGACUUGGAGCAGCUCGUUCACGGGUCGCAGCUGAACUCCAUGCCCAUGGCUCAGUUAAGUCUUCCCAUUGGGAACGUCCACAUAGGUACGGCGCCGAAUCCCGCAAAACACACGAGCAGCCCUCAGAACGAAUGUUUCCCAUUUAAUCGACACUUGGGCCAUCAGCAGAGACCAACCUAUUUGCCGCCCUCGCCGCCAAACUCAGAUCCCCCGAGUCCAGACAGGGGGAAGGAGCUUCUUCACAAUCUGUCCCCGCCUCCCUCCUACGAAGCCAGCAUCGCCUCCAAGUUAACUUUUCAGACCCAUAAUCCCAAUGACCCAGCACAGACAUCUAGUGUAGCUCCGAUCCAGAGCCCAGAUCAAAAUUCUAAUGCUGGAUUAGUCCAAAGUCCUGCACCAGUCCAGCGUUCAAGCCUGACACCAGUUCAGACGACGGCAGGUGUUGGCCCGCUGUCACCAGUGUUAGCCCAGCCGGCUUCGGUUAAGUACAACAGGAGAAAUAAUCCUGAUCUGGAGAGACGGCGGAUUCAUCACUGUGAUGUUCCAGGGUGCAGAAAAGUAUACACCAAGUCUUCUCAUUUAAAAGCUCAUCUGCGGACCCACACAGGAGAGAAGCCGUACCAGUGCUCCUGGGAGGGAUGUGAGUGGCGCUUUGCCCGCUCCGACGAGCUGACUCGCCAUUUCAGGAAACAUACCGGGGUGAAGCCUUUCCAGUGUGGCGUGUGCAACCGCUGUUUCUCCCGCUCUGAUCACCUGGCCCUGCACAUGAAGAGACACCAGAGUUAGAAACCCUCUCCUGCAAAUCAAGUUUUAUUUUCCAGCAAACGUGGACAAAGAAACCCGCACUUGCAUAUCAGCAAAUUAAAAACUAUGGAUUAUUUCAAACGCUCCACAGAGGAGCCAUUCUUAAAUAAUUGUUUCUUUUAUUGUAAAAAGAUUAAAUAUUACUGUUGCCUUAUUUUAUUUCCACACACGUAUGCCCUAAUAUUGGGGGACAUUUUGCAAAGAUGUCAGUCAAAGAUCUGUAGCCAAAUGUAAUAAUUAAAUAAUAUUUAGCCUUUAUUUUAAUUAAAUUUCUUUGCACUGAGAGGUACAGUACUGUGCAAAA